AUGCUAACAUAUCCCAUUCCCUACCUCUUCACAAGUGACUACGUCAAUGGCGCUUCUAACUUACCUCACCAUGCUUGGACUGUUGCCCAACCGCUGCCCUACGGCGCAAGCAUCCUUCCUGAUGUCAUGAUGCGCUCUAUAUGGGUUCAUGGGAGCUACAUGCAGGCGUUAGAGAAAGACCUACUAGUCUCUGCUUUAGAAUUGCAAAACGAGCUGCUUGGGAGCACUGAGAACUUCAGCCCUAUUCGAGCUCGUCAUGUCGCUCGUUCUUUGCCCGAGCCUGGCGCUGAUCUCUCUACAGGCCAACGCGAUGCGUUUCACGCCAUCAAUGGAUUGAACAACCAGUCUUGGUUCUUUCACUCACCACUUCAAUAUUGGGACUGUAUCGAGGAUAACGUACUGGUCGACCCUGAUAUUUUGGCAACCGUCAACGAUAAGAAAACGCAGUCAACGUCAGUCAAUGUCACACUUAGACAUUCUAUUGUUUUUAGCGGCAAAAGAUUCGAGGAGCGCCGGCUACUUGCUGCCGAUGCCCUUGUCAUCACCCUGAUCUAUCUUCGAGACUCACCCGUGGGUCAGCAGUGGGAAAGGAAAGCAGCCUUGCUCUCAGAAAAGGUUUCAAACAAAUGGGAUAUAUAUCCGCCUGACGGCCGAUCCACCUCGAGUCAACUUUAUGAAUUUCAGUUCCGCCCUAUAUCUGGCCAGGACACGGCCAUCCUCGCUGUCGCAUACAGCUUGUCCGCAAUCUAUUUCCUGAUGAGCUUGUCCAAACUCCGAGCAUUCAAGUCCAAGUUCGGUCUUAUCGUCACCGUCCUGUCUCAGAUCGCAUUCUCUGUCAUGUCCAGCUUUACUGUAUGCGCCAUAUUCAGACUUGACUUAUCGCGCAUUCCUCGAGCAGCUUAUCCAUUAGUUGUCCUCGCCAUGAGUCUUGAGAAUAUUUUUAGACUCAUUAAUGCCGUUAUUCUUACUCCAGCCGAAGACUCAACUAGCAGUCGUAUCGGGCAUGCCUUUGGGGAUACUUCCCAUACAGCUAUCGCUAGCUCACUGCAGAAUGUCUUUCUUCUGUUGUUACUCUCACGGUGGGUAUCGCCCGGUGUCUCCGCGUUCUGUAUGUUUGUCGCCGUUGCGAUCGGGUUCGACCUCUUUUAUCUUUCGACCUUCUUCCUGUCGGUUCUUAGCGUUGACGUCCGACGCACAGAGCUCAGCGAUGCGCUUGCUAAAGCUUCAAUGCGCCACAACCGUGGAGAAUCCGAGUUCAAGCCUCGAGGAACGUGGGAGCUUGUGCUUCAGGGCAAAGCAACAUUGUCAACACGAAUAGCGGGUACUAUUAUCAUGCUUGGCUUUAUCUUCAUCGCCCAGUGGCACUUCUUCGAGUACGAUGCUAUACUUAAUUUCUUCACACGCCUGUACGGAGGAUACAGUUCACAGGAAAACGUCAGCCCGGCGCAGAGUUCUUUGGACUCUAUACACCAGGCACGAAGCCCAAAAUCAUGGCUGCGACUACAAGACCAUGAGACGGCCCAGGAAAUCAUCAGCAUUAUCAAGCCCACAGCCCACAGUUACGUUGCGAGAGUCUAUGAGCCAGUCGUAUUCGUCAUGAAGGGCUCGGACCGAAUGCUUCAUUAUAAGGAACCCACUCUACUCCCGGCAGUCUAUGAUUUUAUCAACCACCAGCUCACGCGAUUUGUUGUCAUAGUUUUGGUCGUUGUUGCAGGUGUCAGGCUGCUUACAACUUUCCUCUUAUGGGAAGACGAUACCGACAAUGACGAUCAUCAUUCGGACAUGGAUCCAAUGCUGGAUGUGAAGUCGUUCCCCGGAGGGCACGCCCUUGACAUUGCAAUGCUUACAGCCGCGCCCGAUGGUCAUAUUGUUUCGGUUGGUCUGGAUCGUACAAUACAAGUUUGGGACGCCCGGCCCGGUGGUAUGUCAUAUGCCAUCGCUAAUGGCGAGCCGUCAGUCGAUGCUCCGUUUCCGGUUCUAGCGAUGACCAUUGACGACAAUUCUAAGUGGUUGGCCAUAUUAUCUCCUUAUAAGAUAGCCUUGUGGGACCUCAAAGGGAAAACUUGGGGACCUUCAUUAUCUGUCAAUCUUCAAGGCCAAAAGUCCGAGGCCUUCUUCUUUGGCGCUUCUGACCCAAAAAGAGAUAUUCCUAGGCUAGUACUUGUGCGUCGCAAUGGGACAUUGACAGAAUUCAAGCCAGAUGUAGGCGAAGGAGCGGAUUAUGGCAUCUGCCGAAGUGCACUGACGUGUGUUCGGCCUCUGAUAGGAAAGCGAAACAAGCAAGCAGCUCCAUUGUUCGCCAUCAUCACAGCAUCUAGAAGAGGAUGUGUUCAUGCAGCAACCAGAGAGACACUAUCUUGGGAUUCCCGGAGUGUGCACUUGGAAGGGAUCGAAGAAGAUGAAGUUCAUCAAGUCGUGCCCCUCGCCUCGUUGGGCCUCUUCUUGAUUGCCGGAGCCAGCCACGUGCAUCUUGUUAACAUGGACGACUACAGCCUCGUACAUACGUUUGCCACCGAACGAAUGACCCCGCGCUCCUUGCAAAGUGCAUUCUUUUGCCCACCCUCACAUCCAGGGCCCGACGGCGUGGUCUGGUUCAUCUUAGGUUAUACUGGCGUAGAGUCAGGGGACUGUAUCGUGCAAACCUACGUGCCGCAAAAGGAGCACGACAUGAUUUAUUACCAGAGCUCUGCGACCCCAGAAGCCAGAGGCUGGUGUGCGUGGGAGUCUGCCAAGGAGACAAAAAGACAUAUAGAAAAUCCUGGCUCUUGGAGUGUUUUGUCUGAUGGAAGUGUUGUAGGCAUCAGACAAAAGUCGAACCGAGUCUUCCACACCGAAGCAAACGGGCGACGCAAAACAGAUGGACUUCGCCACAGAUCUCCGCGCAAGGAACCAGGGCGAGAUUUGUUCGGACGCUGGGAGAUAUGGUCGGCGCCACAGAGCGGCCAAACGAGGACUGACGAAACAAGACCUCUCUUCCAAGACGAUGAGGGGGCUGGACAUUUGAUUGUGACGGAUCUGGGUCCAAUGGUUCAAGUAGGUCAACGAUCAAUCGCUUUCAGCUUCGGGAAUGUGGUGAAGCUCGUCACAGUCGGGGGACACGAACGUUUUGAGAAUAGUGUAACGAAUAAUGGCCUUGAACACUUGAACAUUGGCAGCAGACGUAGAAAGCCAGGCGCGCUGGUGCGGCCCAGAGCUUGGAGCUAG